AUGAGCGCCCUCCCGAGAGGCAUCAAGGCCGUACUGGCCAAGGCCCCGACCGACGUGGUCAUCGUGUCCUCUCUCCGCACGCCCAUCUGCCGCUCCUACAAGGGCCAGCUGAAGGACGCCUUUCCCGAGGAGCUCCUCUCCGUCGUCCUGCGCGCCACCCUCGACAAGCACCCGCAGCUCGACCCGGCCAAGAUCGACGACAUCGCCGUCGGCGUCGUGCUCAACGAGCUGGGCGGGUCCAAGGCCGCCCGCAUGGCCAUAAACCACAUCGGCUUCCCCAACUCGACGUCGCUAUAUACCGCCAACCGCGCAUGCGCGUCGUCGUUACAGGCCAUUACCCUCGUAGCCGCGCAGAUCAAGACCGAGAUGAUCGACGUCGGCAUUGGUGCGGGAAUGGAGUCCAUGACGCGCAACUACGGCACCCGCGCCAUCCCCGUCGACGUCUGGCCUGAGCUGAAGCAGUCGCCUAACCAGGACGCUCUGGACUGCCUUAUGCCGAUGGGCCUGACGUCGGAGAACGUUGCCGAGCGGUACGGCGUGUCCCGCGCGGACCAAGACGCUUUUGCGGUCGAGUCCCAUAAGCGGGCUGCCCGCGCCCGCGACAACGGUUGGUUCGACACCGAGAUCGUCCCCGUCACGACCCGCUUUCAGGAGGUUGACAAGGAGGGCAAGCCCGUCGGCGACCCCAAGACCAUCACUGUCACCGCUGACGACGGUAUUCGGGCCAAUGCUUCUCUGGAAUCCCUCGCCAAGCUCAAACCCGCCUUCAAGCCCACAGGCGCAAGCACAGCCGGUAACUCGAGCCAAGUCUCCGACGGCGCAGCCGCCACUUUGCUCAUGCGCCGCAGCACGGCGGCGCAACUCGGCCUAACAGAUAGCAUCAUCGGCAAGUUUGUCGGUUCUGCGGUAGUCGGCUGCAAGCCUGACGAGAUGGGCAUCGGACCUGCCCUCGCGAUCCCCAAGGUGCUGAACCAGUUCGGGUUGAGCACGAAUGACGUGCAGCGGUGGGAGAUCAACGAGGCGUUUGCUAGCCAAGCGAUCUACUGCGUGCGGGAGCUGGGGCUGGAGAAGGCGUGGGAGGAGGGCAAGGUGAAUCCGGAUGGUGGUGCGAUUGCGCUGGGACACCCGCUGGGUGCGACGGGUGCCAGGAUGGUGGCUACGCUGAUGCAUGGGCUGGGGAGGACGGGGGGUGAGGUUGGUGUUGUGAGCAUGUGCAUUGGUACGGGGAUGGGUAUGGCUGGUGUCUUUGUUAGGGAGUAA